CAGCACAAAGAGCCGGUCGUAUCACGACGUCAUCCCCAUCUCCUGCCUGACCGAGUUCCCCAACGUCGUCCAGAUGGCCAAGCUGGUCUGUGAAGACGUGAACGUCGACCGCUUCUACCCUGUCCUGUAUCCCAAGGCCUCCCGCCUGAUUGUCACCUUUGACGAGCACGUCAUCAGCAAUAACUUCAAGUUUGGGGUCAUCUACCAGAAACUUGGCCAGACAUCGGAAGAGGAAUUGUUCAGCACCACGCAGGAAAGUCCGGCCUUCGUGGAGUUCCUCGAGUUCCUGGGGCAGAAGGUCCAGCUCCAGGAUUUCAAGGGGUUUCGGGGGGGCCUGGAUGUGACCCAUGGACAGACUGGGACGGAAUCCGUCUAUUGCAACUUCCGGAACAAGGAGAUCAUGUUCCACGUCUCCACGAAGCUGCCCUACACGGAAGGUGACGCGCAGCAGGACGAGAAUACGCCCUUCGUCCCCGACAUGAUCGCCUCCAACUUCCUGCAUGCCUAUGUGGUGGUGCAAGCCGAGAACCCCUGUUCCGACAACACCCUCUACAAGGUCUCCGUCACCGCCCGGGAUGACGUCCCCUUCUUCGGCCCCCCGCUGCCCAACCCAGCGGUUUUCCAGAAGGGCCCAGACUUCCAGGAAUUCCUCUUGACCAAGCUGAUCAACGCGGAAUAUGCCUGCUACAAGGCAGAGAAGUUUGCCAAACUGGAAGAGCGCACACGGGCAGCCCUUCUGGAGACCCUCUACGAGGAGCUGCACCUCAACAGCCAGUCCAUGAUGGGUCUGGGGGCCGACGACGACAAGAUGGAGAAUGGCAGCGGGGGCAGCAGCAGCUUCUUCGAGUCCUUCAAGCGGGUGAUCCGCAGUCGCAGCCAGUCUAUGGACGCCGUGGGCCUGAGCAGCAAGAGGCAGAGCACCGUCACCACCAGCCACAGCGGCAGCUUCGGACACCACAGCCCUGACAUCGCCAACGCCACGGGCCUAUCAUUGCUUGUGCCCGGAAAAACGUCAAGUAGGUGCGGACGCCGAGGCAGCGCGAUAGGCAUAGGAACCAUAGAAGAGUCUCUGAUCGUCCCUGGGAAGAGUCCGACGCGGAAGAAGUCUGGACCGUUCAGUUCCCGGCGAAGCAGCGCGAUUGGCAUCGAGAACAUCCAGGAGGUGCAGGAGAAAAGGGAGAGCCCCACGGGCGCUGCAAAGACGCUGGACGGCAGCCGCGCCUGCCAGGAGCCCAAAUCCGAGACCUCCUCCAACCAGAGCUCGCCAGAGAUGCCCACCACGAAGAACAGGCCGGACCCAGCGGCGCAGAAGCCAGAGGCCGGGCAGGGCUGCUCUCGCUCCUCCUCCAGCGCCAGCAGCUUUGGCAGCAUGGUGGAGGAACCCGAAGGCUGCCGGGAUGACGCCAGCGGGGAGAGCCACUUCCCGCUGGCGCACUCACACAAGCGCGACUCCUUCGUCUACAGCACCUGGCUGGACGACAGCCCCAGCACCGCCAGCGGAGGGAGCUCUCCAGGCCCUUCGCGCUCUCCCCAGCCGGACCCCAGGAAGCCCACGGAGCCCCCUUGCCCAGAAAUCCAGAUCCAGCUCGAACACUCGGACCAGCAGCCCCCACACCUGAGCUGCUAACCCUCCCACCCGUCUCCGUGGAUGCGCCUCCCAAGCAGCUCACAUCCAAGAAGCACAAGCCGAGGCAGUGGCGGAGAACCCCCAUUUUUGUCUUGGCACAAGACGACGCUCCGACCAGCAAAACCUGCUUGUCCGAACCUCCAUUUUAAGCAGCUUCUUCCCUGUGGCCGUUCCUGGUGGCUUCCUCCAUUGCGGUAGCAAGGCACGCCAGGACCGGCACUGCUCCGGGCCCAGGACUCUCUGGCCUUGAUUCCCCCCACAAGCCCCCUCUUUUCCAUGAGCUGUGCUCGAAGAUCACCCCCUCCCAGUUAGAUCCCACAGGAAGUCACCCGGAGCCAAGCAGCCGGAAUCAAAGUGUGGACGAUCCCACGGAAACAUCUGCCUGGAUGUCUCCCGCCCCCCAGCUCCCUCUGGGGAAGACGUCUUGGCCAGUUGCAGUGGGGGGCAGCAAGACAGAGAUUUUUGCGGUCCCUGGCUCUCCUGUCGCAGAGACAAGCAGGCACGCCAUUUGCGGGCACCCCUUUGGGAGAGGACAGCCCGCCCAGCAACAGCAGCCGAUUCUUCGAAGUGGAGUUUUCUGGAAAGUCGGGGGUCGUUGACUCCUGAUUCCCUGCGGCAGCAUUUCAGGGCACGAGGAGGCCCACGGAUGGAGGGGUUGACGGGGCAGCAUCUGGAGCCCGCCUGGACCCGCUCCCUCCGUUUCUGCUUCUCCAACUGUUCUUCCGCGUCUCUCACCUGCCCGGCUGGCACACCCCUGUCCACCCACCCGGCUCUUGUAACGUGCCCUGGCUGGCUUGCCCCAUGCUCUCAUCUUCACAGAGGUGGGAAGCUUGUGAGCAGGUGGGCUUGGCCGAGGCAUCCCUUCUGGGUCGGCAGGUGGGAGGCAGAGACCUCUCUGCCCGAUGUUUCCAGACUCUUCCUUCUGUGAUGUUGAUCCCAAAGAACACUUGACAAUCUUGCCACAGGUCGGCUAGGAUGGGAGGGGCUUGGCUGGGUCUGGGGUGCCCUGCGGUGACUCUGGGGUGGCCCAGGGCAGCUGUGUCACCAGCCACACACACACACACGGCCUGGCCAAAGGAGCCUGCCCAGCAGAAGGCAGGGCGAGACUCUCCCUGGAAGACGCUGCCGUGAUUCCUGGCGGGAGACCUCACUGGUCGCCCUGGCUGGGCUCCAAGCUGCAGGGACGCCCCCUCCGUGCAAUGGCUGGCCUGCACCCACGCUGUAUGGGAUUUGGGGGGGAGGGCAGCACACCCUUGUGGGCGCCCUUGCUGGCUCCACAGGUGUCUGGAUCAGGGAAGAAGUCUCCCAAUUCCCAGGCGUCCACAUUUCAUGACGGCCUUCUGGUGGUGUGAAAAGAUGAAUUCUGUGAAUGUCUGGGUCUUUCUCACGUCUGUUGUGUGAACUCAUCCUUUCUUCCCCUUUGGGUUGCUUACUUUUUAUUUCUUUCUUUUUAAGGAUGCACAAAAUCCAUGAACUUGCAAAGUUUAGACACUGCAGUUUUCUUCGUUUAAUUUCAGACUCCAAGACUCUAGUGGUGUUUCCAGUGACCCGUGUAUAAAAAAAAAAAAAAAUCUAUUUAUCGCUAUUGUAAGAAGAUUCUAUUUGUAAAAUGCUUUUUAAAAUAUACAGGCUGGAAAAUAAAAUGAGAA